AAGAAAAAGAAUCGCGACUACGGAGUCUUCAAAUUGAUAAACAGAUUAAAGAAGACAGUGAAAAAUUCAAGAAAGAAUGUAAAAUUCUCUUGUUAGGGUCGGGUGAAUCUGGAAAAUCGACGAUAGUUAAACAAAUGAAAAUAAUACAUCAGAAUGGUUAUUCCAAGGAAGAGUUAGCGCUUUAUCGGAUAACAGUUUAUAAAAACCUCAUUGAUUCAGCACAAGCAAUU